AACACCAUCAUCAAAAUCAAAACCAUCGAUCAAAUCCAGUCUUGGCUGAUGAUCGGACCAGAUUGAACCACUGGUAUCAAGCAACUCCACCAUAAGUGAAAGCAGAGUGAAGAAGAAGAAGAAGACCCAAACCAGUGAAUGAACACAGUUUGAAUCAAGCGUCAACUGUAAAUAACUGAACAAACAAGAACCGUUGGAUCACAAUAUAAAGGGAGCACAGAUUGGAUCCGGAGUCGAAUUCUCGGAGGUCCAGAUGACGGAUCAGAUUCUAGAGUUGCAGGAAUCUGGCUGGGAGGAGCUGAGAAAGGAGGCCCGGAAGAUCGAAGGGGAUCUCGACGUCAAGUUAUCUUCGUACGGAAAACUCGGUGCUAGGUUCAACCAAGGAGGUUAUGUGGAUACUGGAUCACCAACUGUUGGGUCUAGCAGGUCAUGGAAGUCUAUGGAAAUGGAGAUUCAAUCUCUUCUUGAGAAGCUGUUGGAUAUAAAUGAUUCAAUGAGUCGAUGUGCUGUUUCUGCUGCACCAGCUACUUCUGUAACUCAAAAACUAGCAAGGCACAGAGACAUACUUCAUGAGUUUACCCAGGAAUUUAGACGAAUCAAGGGGAACAUAAACUCAUUGAGGGAACAUGCAGAGCUUCUGACCUCAGUCAGGGAGGACAUCAGUGAGUUUAAGGCAUCUGGGAGUAUGUCACCAAGGAUGCAGUUAUUAAGGGAGAGAUCUGCCAUCCAUGGAAGUAUAUCUCAUAUUGAUGAUGUGAUUAGUCAGGCUCAAACAACAAGGGCAGUCUUGGGCUCUCAAAGGGCUUUAUUUGGAGAUGUUCAAGGGAAAGUGAAACUUCUGAGUGACAAGUUUCCUGUUAUCCGUGGCGUACUUGGUUCAAUCAGAAGACGACGAUCAAGAGACACUCUUAUUCUGUCUGCAGUAAUUGCGGCUUGUACCCUUUUUCUUAUCAUCUAUUGGCUUUCAAAAUAGUUAAGAGAUGUGAUUUAUUAUUAUUGUUAUUAUUAUUAAUAACAGAAAAUUAUACACGGUGUUGAUGCCUUGUUACAGAAUUUUGCUUCUAUUUGUUAUGACAAAUUAAAUUUUACUGUUUCGAAGAA